AUGUUCAUCAAGUUUGCUAUGGUGGCCUAUGCUGCCACCUCAUUUAUCAUCAACAAUAGGGUGGUGGCUGCAGAAAAGAGUGUUAUUGUUGUGAAUCAAUGUGGUCAUGAUCUUCAAGUCGGCUAUCAAACGAAUGGCGAACCCUAUGGUCAAGUGAUCUCUGUUGCUCAAGGUGAUAGCACGGAUCUUCCCAUUGAGGAUGAUUGGGCGGGUCGUGUAUGGGCUAGGAAAUCGUGUGAUGUGCAUGAUUGUACACUUGCAGGUGCAGAAAAUCCAGCCUCUCUUGCCGAAUUCAAGAUGAAUGGAGCCGAUGACAUCGAUUAUUACGAUGUUUCCUUUGUCGAUGGAUACAAUCUUCCUAUGCGUAUCGAGCCCGAUGAAAUGUCCAAUGAUCAACCUAGUGAUGAACGGCACUGUCAACCUACAUUUUGCAACCAGACACCUCCAUGUCCCGAUGAUUUAGCUUUUUAUCAUGCAGAAACAAACGACUUGGCUGGAUGUCAAAGUGCUUGCUCACGCUACAAGGAAGAUGCUUAUUGUUGCACGGGGAAGUAUAACGAACCUAAGAAAUGCACCAGCAACCACUUUGCCAGAGUAGUCAAACAAGCAUGUCCAGAUGUAUACACAUACCCAUUUGAUGACAAGAUUAGUGUUUUCGGAUGCCAGGCAGAAAGCUACAAGGUCACCUUUUGCCCUUAA